CGUCGUAUAUUUUCUGCUGAUCAUUGUCGUACUUCAUUCAUAUAAAUAUACCGGAGUACAAAAAAAAACUCUGAGUAAUAAACAAUAGUUUAUUUUAUUUAAAUAAAUAAAUUUUUACUUAUAAACCACAGGACAAAAAAAUCUAUUAAAAUGGCGAGUGCUGCGAUGCCAAUAAACCCAAAACCAUUUCUAAAUGGAUUGACAGGAAAACCAGUGAUGGUUAAAUUAAAAUGGGGACAUGAAUACAAAGGAUACUUGGUGUCUGUUGAUGGCUAUAUGAAUUUACAACUUGCUAACACUGAGGAACACGUCGAUGGUGUUUGUACAGGAAAUUUGGGUGAAGUCUUAAUAAGAUGUAAUAAUGUUAUGUACAUAAGAGGCGUCGAUGAAGAAGACGAGGAAGGAGAAAUGAAAGAUUGAUGCUCUUUAGAAUAAAAAAACAUUUUUUGUAAAUUAA